GCAGAAGCACACAGUCGCUACAAACGUAGCUUAAAAAGUAAAAACAAGAAAUCAAACACGAGCGUAAUAGUCAGUCGUGACGACAUCAAAAGCAUGAAGAGCCUCAUAGCUUAGAUACGGAAACUUCGGUCAUCUGAAAUGACCGACCUUUGAUCUCUAACAGCAAAAGACAAUAGCAGGCGUUGAUAGAGGACGCAGUCGGACUUUCCUUUGGUUGUGUUGAAGUGAAUGUUAAUCGUCAGUCACACGUCAACUCAGCUACUGUUUUAAAUAAGUUGUAUGAAAUGUGAUAAGCAAUUAACUCAGCGGAGGUGUAAGACUGGAUGAUUCUUUUUUAAAUUUUUUUCAGCGUUACGUGUUGAAAUGUGUGAAUGAUGUUACACCGAGGUUUGAAACUGUGAAAAGGUUUUUUUUUCGUUGUAGUGGGGGAGGGGUACCGAUUACAAAGCCAGUCUUAGUAUUAAAUAAGCUUUACAGUUAGGCCGGUAAAAACCCGGUAAAAAAAAAUCGAACUACGUCCAAAUGAAUAACUGCUUAUUUAUAAAAAGCAAACACCGUUUGCUGUGGAUCAAAGAACCAAUCUGCGGGUUUGUACGAUACCGGAAUGAAGAACCCGCGUGUGUCAAAAGAGAGAAAAUGAUUGCUUCUUUCCUGUAAAUCGCCAUUUGACGUACACUAGAAAACCAUUUCCCUCACGGAAAACAAGCGGAAUACCUUAAAAUGGAUAACAUUUUGAGACUGGGUGAGCUUCACAAGAAGAUGCCUCUAUGUGUAUAAGAUUCCUAGGGUGACAGUGACAGCGCUGCUUGAUAUAUAUGGUCCAAUGUAUAUCUUGCAUUCACAAACUACAGAAACAUCGUUUGUAUUUGGCGGGACAUUAUAUUGAGCCUUUCAAUUUGGAAACCUAAAUGAAGUAUUCCCUAGUAGCUGAAAGGUACAGUUUAAAAUCGAAUUAAAUGACAAUGACAAUAGAUACAAACACCCGCGGAGCAUGCCUUACACAAUGCAGAUGGUUUAAAAUGCUUAUUACCCCACGUAUAUAAGGCCACGUGCCUCAUUCCUUUCUCGCAGCUGAUUCAAAAUGACCAGCUUUACAACAGACUGUCCAUCUUGCGAAAAAAAAUUUAAAACUUUGUAUUCGCUUAAAAAACAUGUUCGCCAACGCCAUGAGGGCAUUGAUGAAGAUUCUCUGAUACCAUGCUUCAAAGAUCAGGACGGCAAGGAAUUACAACCCGCACACGCCAGUUCUUUAAGGACCGACAAAGCCGGCUAUUUAACGUGGUUGGCCGGCAUAACUGAACGGGUCAACAGCACAUUUCAUCCUCGAUUGCCAGGUAAAGAUUUCAUUCCAGUUUACAUUUUCCCUAUUCUGCCCGCCAUAAUAAAGCACACUUGGUUUAAUGUAACAAACCCAGCUUCCACGUGAAUUACACGUCGUAUAAGUAGGGUUCUCAGUUGCUCAUAGGAAAUCACAGCUUAAGCCAAAGUCUUAGUGUUUGAUUUAACCGGUAUUAUUAUUAUAUUAUUAUCUAUGUUUGGAUUGGCACCAUAGAACGAUUACAUUCAUAUCUACAGUUAAGCGUACCUAUGAUACGUACAUUGUUACACUAAUUCACCUUUAGACAUGGUAUAUUAAUAUACGCCCCCUUUGAACAUUUCAUUUUGUUAUGACUAACCACAAUUCUCCUACUGACAUUUACGGCAGAAAACCCACAUUUAAGUGAAAGCGUUAGGCCAAAACGUAAGAAAAACGAGUAAUACUAAUUUAAUUUACGCACUGAAAUUACCUGUGUGCUGAAGGUUUUUAUCAUUUUUACUAACAGACAUCUGAACAACAACACGAGAUUUUCUUGAAUCAUGGAAUCAGUUAUUUCUUUCAUACCUGAUAUUUUAGUUAGAACGGAUCUCUGAAGCUAGGGCACGUUAAUCCAUUUUCAAAAUCAUUCAGUGCUGUUGGAUAUAAGGGUUCGUAACAUAUAUCUAUAUAUAUAUACAUUUUUUCCAAUAACAACAUCAAUUCCAACAAACAACAGGUCAUAAAUCACGAAAUCUUGUCGUGUGAAAAACUUUCCAGUGAUAAAUCCCUAGUCACAUUUAACUACAAAGGCAUCUUCACAUAUAAAUUUAACUACACGCUUCACAGAAGCUGACAGACCAUAUACUUUUAUUGUAGGGGGAUGGGUAAAAAUAGAUUCCCAUCAGGUGCCAAAACAGUACUUUGACUACUUCAUCACGAAACUUGGAGUCCAGGUUAACGCUGUCAGAAAAGUGUGCCACAGAGGUCAACCAUGUUACCAGAGUGCCACUCUAAAAGUAUCCUACAAACUGUUUCGCUUGGAGCAACUAGUAGGUGCCUUGGAGGAGCAACCACUUGUGAACCUGCAGCGACAACUCCUUUUCGAGGGAAACGAAAUCUGCAGUAAUCAAGGGGAUCUUUCUGCAGAGGACGAAAUUGCUCGCGCAAAGGCAAGGGUCCAUACACCUGCAGGAAAGAAAAAAA